CUCGAUUCGCAAUGAGUAGCUGAUCCAGCCGAACCAAUUUGAACAUACAUUGCCAAGAGCACACUCACAAAAAAAGACAUGGCCCCCAGACUAUCUGCGGCUUCCACGCCGCUGGCCCCCGUGGUUGAUGCGUGUCUUGCCCAGUCCUGCAAGUCAAAGUCAGCGCCGUUCGUGCGAAGCUUCAGCUCGACACCGUGUCAACAGAAGAUGAGCCGGGCUCGACAGCAGAUGUUUCAAUGGCUCAAGGGCAGGGAAGGCUCAGAGUUUGCCGACCCCAGAGGAGGCCCGAGGUAUUUAGGGCCGCUGCAGGACCAGCCAUUUCCUUUAAACCCGCUGUUUCGAAGCCAGCCGGUGCUGGAUGAGCAGACGAGAGAGCUGAUCUGGGACAAGGUCAUGGGGAGAGGAGAGUCAUUAAAGGCAGUUUCAGCAGAGAUGGGCGUCGAUGUCAGGAGGGUAGCGGCUGUUGUGAGACUGAAGGAGGUGGAGAAGCAAUGGCAGAGAGAGGGGAAAAAACUGGCGAUUCCCUAUGCCAAAGCCGUCAUGAGCAUGCUUCCCAAGACGUCUUACCGCGAGGGCGAGAAGAACCUGCCGCACGAGCCUGUCAACGAGAUUCACGUCCACAAGCUGACGAUGCAGCAACUGUUCGUGCCGGUAUCAGAGUCACGGCACUUUACCCGAGAAGACGCUGCCAAGGCCUUCCACGACACCAUGCUGUGUGUUGAUGCGCGAUCACCACAGCCUGAGCUCAUCAAGAUGGAGCGGGAGAUUCUGGAGGGCAAGUCCCGGCAAGAAAGCCUUGCCAAAUUCAAGGAGGCGACGCAGAAAGAGGAAGAUAAGGUGGCGAGACGCAUUGCGCAGGAGCAACAGCGAGAGGAGAAGGCGACGACGAGAGUGACAACGGACCGCUACGAGUUUCGGUUCAAGGAAAUCAAUGCAGAUGAUGUGGGACGAAAUGGCCGGUCAAGAAAGGGCACCGGCUGGAGAUAUGGAGCACCGUUUGAUGAUCGCAAGCGUGGUCUGGUCAAGAUUCCUACGUCUGUGCCGUAGGUUCUGUGGCUAUAGACUUGCAUGAAUGACAGGCGGGAGGGAGCGGCAUUUGAAAUGACAUCGAAACGACUUUGAAAGGAAAUGGAUUUGAUUGAAAAAAGAGAUUAAGACGAAGCUGUAUUACUAACAUACAUACAUGUAAGCAUACACCACACGAACCAUGUAUAAUAACCAAUGUAUACCAUUACUGUAUACUAUAUAUAUAUAUAUAUCCAACGCAAAACAUGCUAUUCAUCAUGACACGUCUAAUUCAUUUGUCAAUACAGUAGGAUCAACGUCUAUAGUGCGGAAUGGCAACAAAAGGGGAAUGCCUAGUUGGCAACAAGGAGCUUCUGUCGAAUGCAGGCAAUGGUCUCGGAUGAGAGUUUACACUCUUUCACAAUGUACUCCUCAGCAGAGCCCCAUUCCUCACGGAUCAUGGCAAGCGUAGCCAUCAUACUCUCAGGCGUUGAACUCAGCAUCCUCUCGGCGCCGUCCGGAUUCCCUUCAAAAGCAGGCAUCGCCAGCAACCGCUUCACAAGUGCGGGUUUCGCAUCCUUCAGCCCUUCGGAGGUAAGGCCGUACUCUGUUGCUACGUUCUCGUCCGGGAUGCCGCACAGACUCAGUAUCAGGGCACAUAGGAUGCCGGUGCGAUCCUUGCCCGCAGUGCAGUGUACCAGAAUGGGCUUCUCUGCAGACGGGUCCCACUCGUCGGACGAGAGGUACGUCAACACGGUGGCAAACGCCGGUGCGCCAGCUUUUAGGAUGGAGCGGUAGGCGUUGACGAAGCCGCGGACGGGAUGGGUUGAGGCGUACUGAUGGAAGCGGACGGCGACGGCCUCGGGACCGUAGUCGGUGUCGGCGAAGACGGGGGCGUGGACGCGGCGCGGGCCUCCGGGCCACUGCUCGGCAAAGGCUGGAUCUGAGACGCCAGUGGAGUGGGUGACCUCGAGGCCCGAGCGGAGGUCAAAGACGGUGUCGAUGUUGAGGGCGACGAGCUCUGGAGAUGCCGAGGUUGGGGGCGCGGCAGAACGAAGGACGAGGCGGGGGCGGAAGCGGGAUGGUGAGGCGAUGGAGAUGUCGCGGAGGUUAGGGAUGGGCGGCUUGGACAUGGCGGACGAGUUUUUUUUUACUUAUGCGGCCAGAUUGCAAGCUGUUUUGUUUUGGGAGGACUUGGUGUUAGU